GUGCGCGCCCCGACAUAUUAUCAAAAAUGCCGUGAUCAGCAAUGGCAUAUAUCCAUGCUUGAGGCUUAUCAGGGCAGCUAUUUGGCCCAGAUUGUUGAGCUGAAACAGCGACUCUCCAACGAGCAUGCCAGAAAUGCCCGUCUUUCAAAACCAGUAAAUAGUGAGAUUAACUUGGCUACUGCUCUCGAAUCUGCAACUGGUAGGGGCAAAGACACGUCCGAGGUAAAGACUCAUAGAUCUACCCCAGGUCGACCUGCCUCUCCUACUGGCUUUGCAGAUUCACCUCCCAUUAGAGUCAUCUAUUCUGGAGACUGCACUGAACCGGACUCUGCCACAAUUGCUCCUCAUCUUGCCUUCACCGCAUCCGAAGCUAGCCAUUCAAAUGCUAAUACUGUUGGUGAAGGCAGUGGCGAUUGUGUACCCAGUAGUAGAAAACUUACUUGUUCAAAUGGCUUGUGCUCUAGUCUUCCCUCCAGGCACUCCAAAUCAUUCUUGAUCUCUUCAGACAAAAUGCUCCCAACACCUUCUCCUCAGGAUGUAUCCACCAGAUUACCUGGUCGCAAGCUUCGCGAAAUAGCAACGCAAGCGGACGCUAUAACAUCUACAGUAGAUAUCGGUGAUGAAAUAUGCUUAGAGUCUAAGCCCCACACAUCUCUUAGCUUUGAUGGAGCCAGACGGUCAAACCAAAUGAACGCAGUCAUCGCUCUUGCUCUCGAUCAUCCGUCGCCUGCUUCGCAUACGUCAUCCCCACUAAUCAGCAAGGGUGGCAAAAUUUGUCAGCAAAAUUUCGUUCCUAUAUUCAAUCAUGAUCUGCUCAGCUCCUCCGGAGUUCGAUAUGAUCACAAUGCCGAGGCACAGACUUCGGUUGAGGAGUCUGAUGAUAUAGACGAGGAGCUGGAGAAUACGCGAACUAAUUUUGUCAGAGUAUCAGUUUGCGAAAAUUCUCAAUCCCAACAGUACUAUAUUACAGAGCGAGAGCAGGUAAUCGAGGAUGACGGAGAAGAUGAUGGGGAUGUAGUCAGGUGUUUAGAGCUAGGCGAGGUUUCUUGUGAUGAAGAAGACGUAAGAGAAUCAGAGGAACAUCUGAACGAGGAGGGAAUUGAAGAGGAGGAAGGGGAGGAAGAAAGCGAAGGAGGUGAGGAGGGUGAGGGAAGCGAAGAGCCUUACGAUGUUGAAGAGGAUUGUCUGGAAGACAAUAAAGCAGAAGAGGACAGUGGGACUGACGACACCCCUAUAACACCCGGACCCUUUGAUCACAUCGCCCGGUCAUACUACUUAUUCUGCCCUACUUCAUCAGGAGACCAGUCCCGGCGUCGUCGUCAUGCUUGCGAGGCAGACACUGAAUUACCCUAUAAAGAAAUAGAAACUCCAUCCUCUUCAACGUUGAGCCGGCGUAAUCCUGAAUGUACUCAGCCUCCUUGUCUUUCUGCAGCCAGUUUUACACCCUUUGCCUGUCCUGUUUCCACUACUGCUAUUUCUACUACCUACAUUGAGACCUGCACCUCAAACAGCAUUAAUUCUUCUUUUGCCGCCUCUGCAAUCUGCAAGAUUGUCACUGAAAUGUCCCUUGAUUUAUCUUCGUCACUAGCACCUCCACUACCCUCUCUGUCUUCUAUGAGCUCCAGCUUGUUAGCAACCUCUAAUUUUUCAGUACUAAAUCCGAUUGAUGCACAAGAUUUUAGCCGUUCAAGUGUCUGUACUGUUAGUGGCACAUGUGGAAACUACGUUCAGUCCCACCUGAUAAGCCCAGUAGUUCUCUCAACGAUAAAUCCACAUAUACCUCUUUCCGAAAAAUGCAAGGACAGGAUUAAGGAAGAUAGGCGAUCUACAGUAAGUCUCGUUUCUGCUAUUGUAUCCUCGCUUUGA